UUCCAGUGAUGUAGCAGCCUUAAAUAAUAUUGUCAACAAUUGUUUCAAACACUUCUGGUGAUGAUCAGAAAAGGUGGAUUGGGAUAAUUUCAUAUUUUUCUGGUGAUGUGGCAGCUCCUGCAAAAACAGCUGUUUUUUCCUCGCUUCCAAUUCUGUAGCUCCACUUUCGUAAUGUGCUUUUAAAGAAAAAUAAUUCGAGAUAAAUGAAACGAAGCCAUUGAUUUGAGUAGCAUCAUGUGGACACGGGUCAAUUGCCUCUGGCGGAGUGUAGGGCGGCAGGCGCCACGCCUCCUGUGCCGUCACAUUCGCACUUCCGUGAUUGUGCCGGCGAAAAUCUUUGUGGACAGGGAGAAUCAGUUCGCCCACAGCAUUCUGUCGGAGUCCCUGAAGCCCUAUCAUAUCCUAAGACCCAUCGAAAGUCCCUUGCAGGAGGCCACUUCGGAUGGCUACCUGGAGCCGGGCAGGAACCUCAGUCCCGCCGCUCUGUACGCGAACUUUCUGGCCCUGGUCCAACAUUGUGCGGAAACGAACACCCAAAUCAGUGAGCCACAGUUCGAUGGGUUCGCUCGCACAUACUGCGAGCAGAUGCACCAUCUGUCCGACGACCAGGUGCUGGGCACAAUGCGUGCCCUGGGCCAGCUGCCGAAACCGGAAUCGACCAAGACGCGGAACUACAUGGAGCUGUGGAACACACUGGACAUCGAGUGUUGUCGGCGGAUCGAGCGCUGGCCCACGGGGCAGCUGCUGCUGGUGAGUGAUGCCUGGUACCAGCUGGGUCUGGCCAGGAUCGGGGAGUACGUGUGGCUGGCCCUCAAGAAGCUGGGCCGCAAGCUGCGAAAGCUGCCGCCGGAACAGCUCGUCCAGUCCAUGUUCCUCUGCAACCUGCUGCGGCGCCCCAUCUUCGAGAUGUUCGACUUUGAGAUGAAUCUGGCCCGCUGUAUCGAUCAGAUGACGCUCCAGGAGCUGGGCGUCAUGGCCAUGGGCUUCUUUAAGACCCAGACGCAGAUCCGGAAUCCCGAGCUGCUCAACCAGCUCUUCGCUAGACUAACCAGAGAGCUGGACACCGUGGAGGACAUCACCCUGGUGUCCCUGCUAAAAGUUCUGCGCUACAGCAGCAAGCUGCCGCACGUGGAGCCGCUGAUCCGGCUGCUUCGCGACCUGGAGCCGCAGGUGGAGCGCGUCUCCCUGCUGGCCUGCCUGCACAUGGCCCUGCUCGGCUGCGAGCUGCAGACCUGCGACGACCAGCUCAUCGAACGCAUCCUUCAGCGCUUCGAGCAAGAGCUGGACCAUGCCCGCCUCAAGGAUAUGGAGCGCAUAGGCCUGGUCAUGGCCCUGUUCAACCUGGAGAGUGUGUCCGGUGUGGAGAGGCGUCUGGCCGAGCGGCUGCCCGAUGUGAUACGCCAACGUCUGGACGAGAUCAUGCGCUAUCCACGAUGCUUCACCAACUGCCUCCAGUUCCUCACCAUGCGCGGUGUCUACGAUGCGGAGCUGCUCGGUGUGGCCCUCGAGCCACGCUUCCUUCAGCAUGCGUACCGCGGCGGCCUGCCCGGUCGGGAGUACUUCCAUUUGGAUGGAUGUGCCCGCCUCCUGGGCAAAGAUGUGUACAAGGGCCCCCUGCUCACCGAACGGCAGAUCCAGCAGAUGGGAAAGCUCUACACGCAGUACAUACCCGAGCGGGAGGGACGCUUCAAGCUGAACAAGACCGAUCGCAUUCUGGUGGACGUCCGGGACGCGGCCUCCGACCUCUACCGGCACCUCAGCUUCAAGCACAUCCUGCCCCAGUACGAGCGCUGUGAUCUGGUCCUCUGCUAUGACCGUCGUCAGCAGCGUGCACUGCCCAUCGAUGCGGAAGCCUGUCCGCCGGACUACAGCGGUGUGAUCCUCACCAGGCGGCAUCUGCUCGGCGCUGACAGGGAGCACGAUGACCAACUGGCCACCGUGAUCGUUGUGAUUGCCGGCUGGAACAAUGUGAUACGGGACAAGCAGCGGCACACGGGUCAGCUGGCGAUGAAGCUGAAGCAGCUCAAGCAAAUGGGACACCAGCCGGUGGUGAUCUAUUGGCACGAAUGGCGUGAGCUGGAAACAUCCGCAGAUCGUCAGGACUUUCUCAAGCGACGACUGCGCCAGGCGGCCGGGAUCUAAGAUCAGGAUCACAGAAGCCAAUCCAAACAUCAGAAAAUCAACAUCGAUUGCAAACAGCAUGGAUAUAUAGUCAGUCAUAUGAUAUCUGAAUAAUGUACACAGACACAGGCCACUAAUACCUAAAAAAUUAUCUAACUAAACGAAAAAAAAAAAAAUAUGCGCGAAAGAAUUAUGGCAUAGUUGUUGACCGAUAACGAGAACGACGACGAUGACAGCGACCGCCCGCGGCCCCAUGUGUCGCUAGAGGGUGCCAUGAAGUGCUCGCUUGGUGUACUCGUAGACGACAAAGAGUGUGGCCGUGGCCGGUAUGGUGCGGAGAACGGAUGGCAGCAGGCCGCGAUAGAGUGCCAGGACGCCCUCGCGUUGUACAAUCUCACGACCGACAGCGUACAUGCUGGCAUUGAGGUUCUUCACCUGGAUGCGGCUCUUGAUCACAUCGGCGGGAAACGUGGAGGUCCACAGACAGACGCCGCCAAUGGCGCCGGCCACCAUGGUGCGCAAUGCUCCGAUUUCAUCUUUGGUUUGAUUGUUCCUGACCAACAAAUUAAUAUGAUUAAAUGUAUGUUGGUAUUGUUUGCCGGGUGGGUCUCUUACCUGCGCAGAAAUUCUCUGGUGCCCUCGUAGCUGCCAAAGAAGAAGAAAUAGCCGGGCAUCUCACGCAUGAAUGUCGAGCUCAAGCCGCGAUAGAAUCCGCGCAAGCCUGUGUGUAGGAGAUUAGAACCAAUUAAUGGAUUGUGCAUGGAAAAUAGCAGAUGCAAUGGCAGCAUUGAGAGAGAGAGAGAGAAGGAAACAGAUUGGCACGUGAGGAGGCCAUUCCGUUUGUUCAAUAUUUAUGGAAAUUACUACGUUACAUGGCCGCGAUAAGGACGGAACAUCAAUCAACAUUCAAGCCGAAUCAUUGUAUGCGUCUCCCCGGCUCCCCGCCCCAUGAACCAUGAUCCAUCCCAUUGAUCUGGCAGCUGUCAGCAGGAACUGAGAACGGAGAACGGACGAUUCAGUAACUUUCCACUUGACAACUGAUAGGGGCGGGGGCACUCUCAACUAUUUGUAUUAUCCACAAACUUCCCCUAUCUUGCUCUCACUCGCACUCGCUCACUGCUACGUCAUUGUGCGUGGCAUGCAUCCCCGGGCUGAGCACGCCAACGAGGCUGAGAAUAUUCUUAUCAAAUAUCAAGUAAUUCAUAAUU